AAGUAACUCUAUCAUUAUUGCAUUACAUGCAUCUUUUACCAGCGAGAUAGAGAUCGUUAACACAUUACAACACCACCACCACCAGUACAUUCUGAAGCUUUCGUAACUCAGUAAGUACUGUGAGGUUUUUGUAGUAUGGAUUCAAGGUUCGUUAUCAUCGUUCUUAGUUCUUAACCAGUAGUAGCAACUUUCUCUUCUCACAAGUUUGAAUUCAUGAUUUUCCCUCUCAAAAACAACCAGCCUCAGUAGAAUUGAACCCACCAACUGUUUGAGGAAAUGCCAAACAGAAACUCCACCGUCGUGUACUCACCAUCCUCACCGCGAAGAUCACAGAGGCUCAUUCUCCUCCACGACAACAACAACCCCACCACCCCCAAACCAAAAUUCACAAAAAAGUCUUCUAUCGAAUCAAGAACCCCCACCGUUAGGGCAAGGAAACCACCCAGGCCGGAGGAUAAAGUUUCCUCUCUCAGACGAUCUGCUAGAGUUUCCAAUCAUAAAGCUCACCCGAAUGAGGAGAAAGUUGAUGUUCAACUGCGUUCGGGUGAUUCGACAAGAGUGAAGCGAGGAAAAGGGAAGGCGAAUAGUGGUGAUGAGGGAAUUGGGGAUGAAGUUAGUGCAAAGGGGAAAAGAAAGCACAGUGUGGAUGAAAGGGAACAAGUUGAAGGUGACGCGAAAGGGAAAAGAAAGCUCGGUGGCGGUGAAAUUGCUGAAGGGUGGACUAAGGAACAAGAAUUGGCUCUGCAAACAGCUUACUUUACUGCAAAACCUAGUCCCAAUUUCUGGAAGAAUGUUUCUAGACUGGUACCUGGGAAGUCUAAACAAGAUUGUUUCGAUAGGGUUCACCAUGACUUCCAAACACCACCUCAAUGUCCGCCUAGAUCAAGGGCAAAGACAAUUAGCUCUUCGCCUCUUCAUGAAUUCUCAAUAUCUGCAAGUAAACUUCUCAAACCUACUGAAAAGAAGGUUGCUAAAUCAAAUAUUCUCAAACCAAAAAGCAUUGUUACCCAGAAGUCUAUUGAGAAUCUGUUACAGCACCAUCUUAAAGUGGAUCAAGUGCAUAAAGGAGACAUAUUUUCUGCUCUUGAACCAAACAUUGAUUUUUCUACUAAUGAUUUUCAGCUUAGUCAAGCACUUUGUACUCCAAAGCAGCAAAAGGAAAAUCAAGGGUUUAUACAAAAUUUCACUGAUCUAUCAUCAUCAUUUUCAAAUCACAAGAAGUCUCUUUCUAGAUUCAGUGGCUCAUCAGGUGUUCAAGAUCUUGCUAGUCCACCUGUGCUAAAGCAAGUAAAGAACAGGGCGCAGCAUGAAAAAUUCGUCAAUCAAUUAAGAUUUAGGGAACUUAAGAGCAGAGCAGCAUCUAAACGGACAAAAAAUUCUAUAGUUGGAGAAGGAAACAACAUCCAGAAAAAGGAUGUUGUUAAAGCUGCAAAAGUUGCAUUGAUGUCUGAAGCCAGAGAUGCUAUCAACAAGUUUCAACGAUCGCAGGUAAAUAUAAUGGACAACACUUGUAGUUCUGAUGAGGACAAUGAUGAUGACAUUGGAGUUGAAUGUGAUAGUCAAUAGGUUUUCUCGAGCUAAUUGACUGAAACUAGUUAAAUAGUUGCAUGUAUAGUUGUUUCAUAUAAAGUUUUAGACAUUGUAUCUUAGUCAAAAUCUAGUUUUUCGAAAAUGCAAGUUUUUAGCAUUUACUUUUAGUUGAUAAAAAAAAGCAAUGCGCUUUUUCCUUGUUCCAAACUUCCUUUGUAAUAUGACAACCAUAAUCUUCAUUUGUAAUAAAGCAACAAUAAUUGUGUUGUA